AUGGGAAAGAUCAUCUUCUUCGAGGACAGGAACUUCCAGGGUCGCUCGUAUGAGUGCAGUGUAGAAUGCUCAGACCUGCAUUCCCACUUCAGCCGCUGUAACUCCAUUAGGGUUGACAGCGGUGGCUGGAUGGUCUAUGAGAGGUCCAACUACAUGGGCUACCAGUAUUUCCUCAAGAGGGGCGAAUAUCCAGACUACCAGCGCUGGAUGGGGUUCAAUGAUUGUGUGCGGUCCUGCCGUAUGAUCCCUAUGGUAAGCUCCCACCAUGGAUCUCACAAAAUGAUAAUCUACCCGCGCCCUGAUUUUGGAGGUGAGUCAGUCGAGCUGACCGAAGACUGCCCCUCCCUCUAUGAGCGUUUCCAUAUAACCGACAUCAACUCCUGCAACGUGACGGAUGGGUUUUGGAUCUUCUAUGAGCAUCCCCAUUACAGGGGUCGACAGUAUCUAAUUCGCCCCAAUGAAUACAGGAGAUUUACCGAGUGGGGAAGCAUGAGCUCUAGGGUUGGUUCCAUCAAACGUAUCACCUUGUAA